AUUGUCGCUCGGACGUUGAUAUAUUGAGGCGGGGGUGUCUAGAAUUUAGAAACUUGGUGAUCAAGGUGACAACUCUAACAGAGGAAACGGUUCAAGCAAACGGAAUCAUCAAGAAAACGAGCUCGGGUGGAGUCGACCCCUUUGAUUUUGUCACCAUUGCAAGUGUCUGCAUGGGGAUAUUCAAGUCGCUCUUUUUGAAGGGAAAAAGUAAAAUAGAAAUCACCAAAGAUGGUGAAUCGGAUUUGUACGACAUUCGUCAUCAUAAGAGUUUAGAGGGGGUCCAUCUCGGUGAUUCUUGGACGUCUCUCGUCGAUUUAAGAAAGGACGACAAUGUACAGAUAGGAAAACGACAUUUCAAAAGUCCCGUGGCAGUAGUACCAUCUCAAGGAUACACGAAGCGCGACAAUUACAGCAAAAUUUCCAUCCAGUGGCUGGAGUGGUUGAUGGAAAAAAGUCGUCAGCGGGGUAACCCCAUUGUCAUUUCCCACGCUCUCAACGGUGGUGAAUUCCAAGUGCCAGGGACCAAUUACAGAUGUGACGGGUUUGUCAAGAUUCCUGGCGGAAACGGAACCAUUUAUGAAUUCUAUGGUUGUGUAUUCCACGGUUGUCCCAACUGUUUCCCAGACGAUAGGAAUACCAUCAAACACCCGUCUACCAAUCAGACCAUCAAAGAAUUGUACGACAUGACCAAACACAGAGAAAAGGAAUUGAAAAAUCUGGGAUACAAAUUGGUCAUUGUGUGGGAGCAUCAAUUUAAAUUUCAAUUGGAGAAGAAUGUAGCUUUGCAACAAUUCGUGUCCACCCUAGAUCUCCAAGACAGACUCGACCCACGUGACAGUUUUUUCGGUGGUCGCACCAAUGCCAUCAAACUGCAUUAUAAAGCUGCAGAAGACGAAACAAUCCAAUAUUUCGAUUUUACCAGUCUCUAUCCCUGGACCAACAAGUAUUGUCGGUAUCCCGUCGGCCAUCCGACCAUCAUAACGGACGAUUUUCAGGACUUGUCGCAAUAUUUUGGACUGGCUAAAAUAAAAAUUCUCCCCCCUAGAAAACUUUAUCAUCCCGUACUUCCAUACAAUUCGAAUGGAAAAUUGAAGUUCCCACUUUGUAAAACGUGUGCAGACAGUGAAAAUCAAAAUGAAUGUACAUGCUCUGUUGAAGAGAGAUCCAUCACGGGCACGUGGUGUACUCCUGAAAUUCAAAUGGCAACGUCAAAAGGGUACGAAAUCUUGAAAAUCUAUGAAGUUUAUCAUUUUGCCGAGUCUUCCAAAUACGAUGUCGAGUCGUGUGAGGGGGGAUUAUUCGCUCAGUAUGUGAACAUGUUUUUAAAAAUAAAACAGGAGGCUUCCGGAUUUCCGGCCGAAUGCGACACGGAAGAGACCAAAAGAAAAUACAUUAGGGAAUACAAAGAAAACGAAGGUAUCCAAUUAGAGUAUGAAAAAAUUUAAAAAAAUCCCGGUUUGCGAUGUUUAGCGAAACUUUGUCUGAAUAGCUUUUGGGGGAAAUUUGGUCAGAGGUUGGGCAUGCAACAAUCCGUGUUCAUUCACGAAUCGGAAGCCGAAAAUUUUUUUCAAAUGCUCUCAGAUCCUACAAAAGUACCACACAACUUUCACAUUGUUUCGAGAGACAUUCUUCAAUUAGAAUGGAGUAACAACCCCCUAUUCGCGUCAUUCGACAAUAAAACUAAUAUAUUCUUGGCCUCUUUUACCACCAUGUGGGCUCGACUGAAAUUGUAUGGCGUUCUCGACAAAUUAAACGAGAACGUCUUGUAUUUCGAUACAGACAGUGUCAUCUUCAAGACAAAAAAGUCGGACAACUUGAAUUAUCUCCCCAUAGGUAAUCACCUGGGAGAAUUGACUAAUGAAAUCUCUCCACAAGACGGGUACAUUGUCGAAUUCGUUUCUGGGGGUCCUAAAAACUACGCUUACCGCACACUGUCGGGAAAAGAAGAAUGCAAAGUUAGAGGGUUUACACUUAACUGGGCCAACUCGAAACUUAUCAAUUUCCAGGCUAUCAAGUCGAUAAUCUGUACCUCACACGACCGACAAAUUGAAAUUGUCAACCCUUGUAAAAUAUCGAGAGACAGCAGAAAGCGAAAAUUGUUAAAUAGGGUUGAAACUAAAAAUUAUAAGAUGGUUUACACUAAAAGGAGAAUUCUUCCUAAUUUAGACACGUUGCCAUUUGGAUUUUGAUUAUAAAACGAAAUAUUUUGACGUUUUUGUUUUUUUUAUUGAAUGAUAAAUACACAAAUAAAAUGAUAAAAGACA